AUGGGCAAGAAGCAUAAAAAGCACAAGUCCGAAAAACACGGAUAUGAAGAAUAUGGAGAGAGGCCUCUGAAACUGGUGCUGAAAGUCUCCGGGAACGAGGUGACGACCGGAAGCUCGAGUCGGGACACAUUUUAUGACGAGCAACCAACAGAUUCCGACAAAGCCAAAGAGAAGAAGAAGAAGAAGAAAAAGGAUAAAGAGAGAGGCCUCGGCUCCCCUGAAGAUGAAAAGUCAAAGAAGAAGAUGACAAAGAAGAAAAAAGGACAGGAUGGAGAAGCAGAGGACGAAAGAGAGCAGAGCAGAACUCCAAUCCGUUCAGAGCUGGAUAAAAUGGAAGAAAAAGAGCAGACUCCUUUGCAGGAAGCUUUGAACCAGCUCAUCCGGCAGCUUCAAAGGAAAGACCCCAGUGCGUUUUUCUCUUUUCCAGUGACAGACCUGAUAGCGCCUGGUUACUCCUCCAUUAUCAAACGGCCCAUGGACUUCAGCACGAUGAAGGAGAAAGUGAAGAAAGGCUGCUUCCGAUCACUGGAUGAACUUAAGACUGAUUUCAAGCUCAUGUGUGACAAUGCCAUGAUAUACAACAAACCUGAGACAAUCUACCACAAAGCAGCUCGGAAACUGUUACACUCUGGCAUGAAGAUCCUGAGUCAGGAAAGACUGGAGAGCCUGAAACAGAGCAUCGCUUUCAUGUCGGGCCUGGACCCCUCUACCCCACAGGCGCUGAAGACAGAGGAACAGGGGGGCUGCAGAAAGGACAGAUCCAUGAGCACGGACACCAGCGAGCGCUCACGCACACCCAGCACUCCCAGACAGGACAAAGACGCCAAGGACGAAGCGGCAAACGCUGAAAAGGAGCUAGAGGAAAUGUGCAAGGUCAUCGCCGAGUCUGGAGGGAAGCUGUCCAACAGAGUGCUGCAGUGUGAUCUGGAGUUUGUGAGGAGGAGGUCCGAUGGCUCCACCACCCUGGGAAUCCUCAACCCCGCCGAUCCGUCAGUGGGGGAUGCCGGUUACUGUCCAGUGAAGCUGGGGAUGAUGUCCCAUCGGCUGCAGAAUGGGGUCAACUGCCUGCAGAGCUUCAGAGAGGACAAGAGGAACAGGAUCAAUCCAGUGUCCUACCUAAACUACGGGCCGUUCACCUCCUACGCUCCCACCUACGACUCCAGCUUCGCCAACAUCAGCAAAGACGACUCUGACCUUGUCUACUCUUUGUACGGGGAGGAGUCCAGUCUGCAGGGCUCAGACAGCUUGUCAGAAUUUCUGGCCAGAUCAAACGAGUAUGUGUACAAAGUGGCUGACAAUCUGCUUGACGCCAUGACCAACGGCGAGCACUCCAGGACCCUGAAGGAGACGGAGGCGGCGGACGCUCAAACGGAGAAAACAACAAACUCCCAAGAGAACAAGGAGCACAUGGAGGUCGCCGAGUCCCUCCGCGGGCUGGAUGCCCUGCGCUCGGCUGCAGGCCUGCAGCCGGACGAGGAGCUCUCUGGGGAAGCCCUGCACUUUCAGCAGAAACUGGACGAGACUACAAAGCUGCUGCGCGACCUGCAAGAGGCCCAGAAGGAACGCCUGAGCGCCAAGCAGCCGCCUAACAUGAUCUGCCUGCUGGCCCCGACGGCCAAGGAGCUGGAGCUGGCUGAGAAGGUGACGGGGAACCUCACAGAACUGACUGGUCAAGUCGCGCCGUGCGACGUGAGCAGCGUCCACGCCAUCAGGAAGGCCAUGGGCAUAGCCCCGCCUCCAGAGCCGCUCAUAGACCUGACCACAGUGCAAGACACAAGCGAACCGAUGGAGGCCGACAUGUUUGCCGCCAUCGCUGUGAAAUGAAGCCCCAACCGCCCUCAAUUUAAUAAUUUAAGUUUUGUACAAACGGUGCUUUCUGUGGGAUAUUUGUAUGCAUUUCAACCAAUAAAUUUUUUUGUUUACUUAAA